AUGAGGGGACACUUCCGACCCUGCGCCAGGCUCCUGCUGUGCGGGGACCGGUGUGGCAGAUGCACGGUGGCCUCGACAGAGCCGCAGGAGGCGGGCGAUGAGGUUUGGGUCCGCCUGGCUGGGGGACCGCCUGCUCGUCCUUCCGUGCGAUCGGAUCCGGGCACCGCCUGCCUCGUGGCUCGAGGCCGGCACACAGGCGGGACCAGAAGGCAGAAGGCAGAGGGCCCCGCCUCCUGCUGUGCGGGGACCGGUGUGGCAGAUGCACGGUGGCCUCGACAGAGCCGCAGGAGGCGGGCGAUGAGGGCUGAGCCUGGGAGCGGAGGCCCCGCCCGUGGGAAACGCAAACUCCGCUCCCGGCCCCAGCGGGAACUGAUUGGGCGCUGGCUGAGGGCUGAGGCAGAAGUUCCCUCUUGCGAUUUAGGUGUCUGCUCGGGCUUAGAUCCCGGAGGCCGAACCCCGAAAGCUGGAGAGGAGGGCCGGGGAGCCGAGGCUUCGAGGUCCCCGGCGGUCUUCCGCCCCGAGCCUGGUCCGGGGCUUUUCUCCUCCUCAGACCCAGCAUCGCGAGGACCUUGGUCCCCAUUCCUGUCCCCUUUCACCCCCACCACCACGGGCGGGAGUCCUGGGAGCCCCUCGCGCUGCCGCAGCCCGCCGCUAGGGGGCAGAGUCGUCUACACCAAAAGCCGCCCCUUGGAAACCGAGGAGUGGGAGGCUGACUCCCUGCUGGGCACCCUGCUGCAGAAGCUGCGCGAGGAAGGCUACCUGGCCUACUACCUUCAGGGUGGCUUCAGCAGGUUCCAGGCCGAGUGCCCCCACCUGUGUGAGACCAGCCUCAGCAGUCGCAGGGGCUCCAGCCUGGUGCCGAUGCCCAGCCCAGUGCCGGUGGUGGGGCUGGGAGGCCUGUGCCUGAGCACCGAUUACUCUGAUGUCGAGGCCGAGGCCGAACGCGACUCCAUGAGCUGUAGCAUGGAUUCAGAAGGCACCACACCCCCACCCAUGGGCCUGCUGCCCUCCUUCCCAGUCCAGAUCCUGCCCAACCUCUACCUGGGUAGUGCUCGGGACUCGGCCAACCUGGAAAGCCUGGCCAAGCUAGGCAUCCGCUACAUCCUCAAUGUUACCCCCAACCUCCCGAACCUCUUCGAGAAGAACGGUGACUUUCACUACAAGCAGAUCCCCAUCUCGGACCACUGGAGCCAGAACUUGUCCCAGUUCUUUCCGGAGGCCAUUACAUUCAUUGAUGAGGCUUUGUCCCAGAACUGCGGGGUGCUCGUCCACUGCCUGGCAGGGGUCAGCCGCUCUGUCACCGUCACCGUGGCCUACCUCAUGCAGAAGCUCCACCUGUCCCUCAAUGAUGCCUAUGACCUGGUGAAGAGGAAGAAGUCAAACAUCUCGCCCAACUUCAACUUCAUGGGGCAGCUGCUGGACUUCGAGCGCAGCCUGCGCUUGGAGGAACGGCGCAUGCGUGGCCAGAGCUCCGACACCUCUGACCCCCCAUCCUUCUUCACCACUCCCACCAGUGACGGGGUCUUCGAGCUGGACCCUACAUAAGUCCUCAUGGGGCCGUAGGCUGCUGCCCACCCGGUCACCACACGGGGGAAGGAGAGGGUGCAGCCACAGGGGAGGGGAGGGUGGGGGGAAGCUCAAUACCUCACAAGGGUGGCACAGCGAGGCCACCUCACCCACUUGGGAUAGCUGCGGGAACCCCAUGAAAUGUGCCUAGGGGCCAACUGGAGCCCACUGUCCUGUCCCCCUCGCUCUAGCACCUGCCUCUUCUGCGACUGUUACUUCCCUCUUGGGGAGCUCCCUAGCCAAGGGACCAUUUCAAGUCUGUGCCACCUCCUCUGCCCCAGUCUCCAGUGGCCAGGUGUGGGGAGGGGCUGGUCACCACCACCAGUGCAGACUCCCCUGCUUGUGUGACCUAGGCUUGGGCCUCCUGGGGAAUUCUGGAGCAGGUGCCCGGCCACACAUCUGGUGUCCUGACUCUGUCCUCCUCCUGCAGAAGCUGUGACGUGACCCCGGGAGCCCUUUGGAACCACCCCAAGAGAGGGGCUCCCAGGCAAGGGCAGGGAGGAGUAUUGGUGGCUCUGGGGCUUGCGCAGCUGCUGUGGGCUUGGAGCAGGAAGGGGCCGAGCUGCACACACGGGGUCAAUCAUCGCAGCCACGCCUGUCCUGGGGCUGGUGGUCCCUUGUUACCCUUGAACCCCUGAACCUGGGUGAGGGCUAUGCUUGUUUUUGUAAUCUGCAUUAUGAUUGCUUAAUUGU